UGUUGUUAAGUUAUGAAAUAAAUUUUGAGAUUUGAUAAUGAAGUGAAUAAAUGAUCACGUGGAAGAGUUAUGAACUGGUCUUUAAAUCAUUGGUUAUGGAUAGAACUUAGGAUUUUGACAUGCUAGACUGUUUUUCUUUGAUUAAACAUGAUGUGCCUUAAUUUUUUUAAAAUUAUAAAUUUAAUUAUAGUUUUUUUUUUUUGCAGAAAAUUAUCAGUUUAUUUUAAAUGAAAUAGACUCAUUCAGAUUUGAAUCAUGUUUUGACUACGCACCUAUAUGAACCGAGGGUUUAAAAUCCCUAAUAAUCCAUAAAGUUGGAGGGCCCAGAUGUCGGAAAUGGGACUUGAGGAGGUUAAUCCCAACAAAUGCCAAACUCAGGGGGCUUAUAGAUGAGUUUUGCCAUUCAAAAAUUACAUGACCGUUGGGGGAACAACGUUAAGGGACAAAUCCGUCAUUAUAUAUGCUAAGAGAGUAAACGAAAACCGUCGUAAACGUUGUCACGCUUCUUCACAAUCAGGCCACUAAGGUCACCGCGAAAGGAUAUUCCUGGAAAUACACAUAUAUUUAAAUUCUCCCAGAUUUGACCGUUAUGAAAAGCCCAAAUAAUAAUAUCCUACCGUUUCAAAAACAGAGAGGCUUCCUCUCUACUGUUUCUCUCUUCUCUAAAGUCAACUAAAAUCAAUCUCUUGAAUCUCACUUAUUGCGUGUCUCCCUCUCUCUACAAAUUCACAAUCAUGGCAGAUCAGAGCACAAACCCAUCAAUUAUGGAGCCAAAGCCACAACACCCACUUCACCAAAUUGCAGAAACACCAACCCAUAAGCUCCUUUUGAAGCAAUGGCACAAAGAGGAAGAGCUAAUACUGAAUAGAAUCUCUCUUAAAGAAACUCAAAUAGACUCUGUUCGCAAAGAAAUCACACAGCUUUACAUCUUCUUCUUUCUCUUCCACUCCAUAUCUUUACUCUUACUCUUCAAUGCAUCUUCCUCUAAUAAGGACCCACUAGGAAGUGGGUCCUUAUGCAAGAGAUCAUGGAUUCCAUCAUUUUGUUCUCUUUUGUGUUCUUUGGGUUUAAUCUGGGCAGUGAGAUAUAAAACUGAUGUUGAGUGCCACAUGGAGAAGUUGCUGGAGAGGGAAAAAGAAGAUGGGAAGUUGCUGGGAAAGUGUGUAGAAGAGUUGAAGAAAAAAGGAGUUGAAUUUGAUCUUUUGAAAGAAGUCGAUGCGCUUAGAAGAGCUAAGAGCUUGCGUGUGGAAACUAAGGUUGUAAGGAAAUGGUCUGCAAGGGAUUUUGUUACUCUUUUUUUCUUUAGUGUAUCUUGUCUGGUCCUUGGAUUGACAAGGAUCAUUUUGUGUAGUUAAUUGGUUCCCGAGUCUUGUUGGAUUUUGGGAAAUGGGUAGAAAUUUUGUAACUUUUGUUUCAUGGAAGAAGAUGAUUCUUUGUUGCUGCCAUUGAAUUGGGUGGCAAAUGGUAGGGCAGAACAUUCUGUUCUGCGAUCUAGUGAUUCGGGGAAUUCAUAAUGGUAAAAUCAUGAAAUAAGUGUGAUUGGUGAUGUUGGCAUAUGAUUUCUAUUUGAAAAAUAUAUUUGCUUAAUUUCAUGGGAAAAAAAAGUUUAAAAAUGUUUUUAGUUGAA